CUUUGCGAUCAGCAGUGUUGAAUCCAUUGGAAUCCAUUCUGUUUUGAAUGUGGAGUGUAGACUCUUGAAAACUGUGUUCAAGCAAUGCAAAACGAACUAGAGUUUUGCACAUGCGGCUCCAGUUGAUGCCCACUGUCGUUCAGCAAUGGAAAAAAAAACUGUAAUAAAAUAUUGGGAUGUAUUGUGUAGGAGUCACCUGUGGGGGUAGUACUGGGGUUGAGCAGUAGGUGGCGGUAAUGUCGCUGUGUACAAAUGCCGAGAGAAGAAGAAGCAGCUAGCUCCUGUGUUAACGGGCUAUGUUUUUAGCAUUGUGACAUGUGAACUUGACGUGUGUGCACUGCACAACGUGAAGGGUCUCCGGUGGACUGUGUAGCCUCCCGGCACCUGGCAGGCCCGGGGAGAGCAGCAGGCCCGUCCGCAGCGGGUGUCGUGCGGGCUAGCACGGCUCCUGUGUGAAUGACAGCGGCAGCUCAGCCAUCUCGGCUAACUCUGCUAACCGAGCAGUGGCUGACAGGGAGAGACAGAAAGGACAGAAACGGUCUCAGCGGGGUGACUGAUUGCCUGCUCAUCCGCCACCUCUACGAUCAUGUCUGCCAACUGUAACAAGAAAGAAGUUGAGGAUACAUGCAAAACAAAUCCAAUCUCCAACUUCAUUGUCCUGAGUGUCACAGCGGAAUCAGAUGCCAUCUCCUCUCCUGGCGAGAGCGAGGGAGCAUCUCAGGACACUGAGCUGUGUAGCAGUCGGGAUUAAUGAGUGAGCUUCAGGGCUCAUUUCUGCCUCACAAACACCGUCAUCCAGGUACUGUCACACCUCCGCAUGGCGAAGACGGCAAAGAUGGAGCUGCUGAGGGCGCUCAUCGCCGAGUGUUUGUCUGCAGCCGCCGAGCAGAUCUUCAAGAUAGCAGAGAGAACCAUGGCAGAGUAUGAAGAAGAAAUGUCCUGUUCACAGUGGGUAUUGGACAGCCACCGCAGACUGCUGGAUGUUGCCAAGUCACAUAGUAAAGACUAUCUCCAGAUGUCUGCCGCUGAUGGUCGGCAGCAGCUUCCUGCCAGUAUCAGUGUGAGCUGGGAGGAACCAGACAACAGCCACUCAGAGUCAACAGAAGACUGCGGCAACAGGAACACGCCUCCCCACGCCUCCCCUGCCAGUGACAAUGACCACGGUGAUCAGGAGAUACUGAUUAAGGAAGACAAUGACACAAAGCGGGAGUGUGAUGUGGACACGCCUUUGAAAGUGAAGAAACUGUUUAAAUGUGCCAUUUGCUUCAGUGGUUUUUCCUCCAAAAAGAUGAUGGUGCGGCACGUCAAGAAGCAUGUGGAGAGCAAUGCCUCGUCUUACCAGUGCCAGCUCUGUGACCGCUACUUUUGCCACAAGUCUGAAUUCAUUGUUCACGCCAGGAUACAUAAAGGCUCCCAACCACACGAGUGCCAAGACUGCGAGGAAAGCUUGGACCAGAGGGAGAGUCCGUUCAUUCACAGAGAGAAACACGCUGAGGAGAAACCAUACCGGCGUUUUAGUGACGAGGCGGAUGCAGAAGCUCUGCUAAAAUCAAUGACCCCUGCCGUGAAGAUGGAAGAAACGCCGGGACAGGAGGAAUCAGACAUGAAGACAUUCCCGCUCACUCUAACUCCCUAUGACAGAAGUGAGUUUGAGCAGGAAUCUCUACAGCCCCUGUGUCUGUACCAGAUCCAGACCGUUGCUGACAUAGACAUAGACUUCUCAGCUGCACUUCCCGUGCAACAAAUCAAAACUGAGCCAACCGAAGCUCACGAUGGAGUAUCAGACUCCGGCGAUCGGCCGCUCCUCUCCGUGAACCCAGGUGAGCACGGUGACGGUGGGACAGAGCCCAACCAUCCCAGCAUGAAGCACAUCCGGCCAAGGAGACCUUCGGGAAAAUCCAGCGAGCUCACGGCGCAGUUAGAAGCAGGAACGUCACCGAAACCCUACAAGUGCCCGUGCUGCGCCAAAUGUUUCUCCUCGACGAAGACUUUAAUAAGACACGUGAGGAUCCACUCGGAGGACAAACCUUAUCAGUGCCACUUUUGUGGGCGAAACUUCUGUCAGAAGUCGGAUCUCGUCAACCACACGAGGAUACACACAGGGGAGAGGCCCUAUCGGUGCCAAGAAUGUAGCAAGUCCUUCGCGCAGAAAGGCAACCUGGUGGUCCACAUGAGGAAACACACGGGGGAGAAACCGUACCGGUGCCAAGAGUGCAGCUGUAGCUUUGGCCAGAAGUCCACUUUAGACUGUCACAUGCAGAGACACAGAUAGGUGAAAGGGUUUGUUGCAAUGUUGGGACAUUACCUCAGUAAAAUGGGGCAGAGGGUUAGAAGGAAAGAUUGGGCUCGUUGCAGAGCAGGACAAUGCGGACACGCGUGUGUUGCUGUUUUUAAAUUCAUCCAAUACUUAAAUGAAGUUGUUUUAUGUGAUAACAUCGAUAUAAUAUAAUUUUGUCUUAGUUGUAAAUUGUCACAUCAUGUCUCAGAGUGUGAUGUGACACUUUUGUCAUUGUGGGACAUUUGAAGAAUACAACACUGCUGAAAAACUGCAACAAAAACAACAAAUAUUGGAGAGAAGCUCGAUGACGUUAAAGAGCUGAAGUGGAGUCAGAAGGUUGAUUAACAUUUGUGUCCUGCUGCCUUCAUAUGGCUGCAUGGAUUCACUGACCUGAAAGAGAAGCCUGUCGUACAGUAUAGAGCAGCUUAUGAAUCAAUGAAAACUACUUAACUGAUGGAACUAUGUCUGUAUUUUUAUGCUAUUAGUUUUGAAUGAAAGAAUCAUUAUGAUCAAACAUCCUCCCCCCGCACACACUCCGGAGGCUGCAGGUCAUCUUAUGCCCUUGUUGUCAAUAGUAACCAACAUGUCGCACCUAGACUAUCAUUAAUGUUGGAUUAGGCCAGGCUAUAGAAAGGGCAGUCUAAAUGUACACGUGGGCUUCCAUACAGUUGAACUUCACUGUUAAGAUCUGAAGAUCGUGCAAUGGAAUAAUUGAUGGAGUUGACGCUGAUUCAGGAAGACCGAGAUCGUUGAUGUCUCAAGCAGAAUGUAUUUAUUAUCAGAGCUAAAUAUUAAGGAGACUUCCUGGUUCGCUACACAGAUCAACAGGUCACAGUCAUCACGACUAUUGACACCCUGAGACGGCCUCAAGCUCCCCACCGACUAUCUCGGCUUGCCAUAGAUAAGAUGACCUUGCUUGGUGCCUGAGAACACUCAUUAGACAGUUUCCCAGGAGAGAAUAGGACAGAAAUUCCUCAACACCUCUGUGUGCACACGUGCUGCUGGGUGUAGCAUUGUGUGUGUAUAUGUGUGUGUGAGGGAGAAGGGACAGAGAGAGAGUGGGCUUGGUAAGCGAGUCUGAUUGAUUAAUGCGUUUGCACCCUAAUAAAAAUCUUCAGAGAUGAAAACAGCCACUUACCUGUCACUUAUGUCCAGUUCCCCAAGGCAUCCGAGUGCGUGAAUACACAUAGCAUGUUGGCCGACUGUUGCAGACUUACCGCAGAGCAAAAAACAUUUGAAUGAGUAUCAAAUGGUGCUGUUCGAGAUACGCAUCUAAAAUAUCUCUCUCCAGGCAAGUAUUCAGUCGGAUUGAUUACUUUUACUUGGAGAUUAAAAAAUACAAGUGUUAUGAUGCUAAGUGAUGAUACGAUACUGAAGGAAAAGGAGAUCGGGCUCCAGUGGGUUCCGGCCCAAUGUAACCACUGGGGCUGGGUAUCAAACCUCAUUACUUUUGGGGUACCACCCAAAGGCACCAGGGGUUAACCUGGUAUUUAUGAGGCAUGAGGCAAUUCCAUUGACUCCAUUUGGGACGAAAUUUCAAAGGCCGAUAUCUCAUAUAGCAUAGUACUAGGGAGAAGCCAGCACAUUUUUCAUUCGUAGUUUAUUAUAUUAAUUUAUCAGUAGAAUAGGUUAAGUACGGUGACAUGGAUGAUUAUUUGUACUAAAGUGCUUUAGUGACAUAUUUAAAAAAAAAAAAAAAAUCAUCCAUGUCACCUCCUGGGC